UUUGGGUCGGAACAGUUUCGUUGUAGAUUAGGGGAAAGACCGAAAAUCGGAAGGGGGCGAGUGCGACUCUGUUUGCUAUUAAGACGGUUGGGGCCUCUUUCUUCUCAAGUCCAAGUCUCCACUCCUCUUCUUUCACUUCUGCGUUCGCUGCCCUAUCGUUGUCUUUCGCAGUGGCAAGGUUUCAGGGUUUUUGCAUCAUCGAACGAAAAUGUCUCAAACCAAGAAAUUGACGCCGAAUCUUGAUCAGCAGAGCACGAAGAUGCUCAAUCUCACUGUUCUCCAGAGGAGAGAUCCAUGCAUCGAAGAGAUUUUGUUUACUGCCUCUCAUGUUUCUUUCUACUCGUUCAACAUCGAAAGCAAUCAAUGGAGUCGUAAGGAUGUUGAAGGAUCUCUCUUUGUCGUGAAGAGGAAUACAGAACCUCAAUUUCAAUUCAUCGUAAUGAACCGCCGCAAUGCAGAUAAUCUAGUGGAAAAUCUAUUGGAUUUUGAGUAUGAACUGAAAAAGCCAUACUUAUUAUAUAGGAAUGCUGCCCAAGAAGUUAAUGGUAUAUGGUUUUACAAUUCAGAUGAAAGUGAAGAAGUCGCAAGUCUCUUUAAUGGGAUACUUGAUGCACACUUAAAGGUAGCUCCAAAGACAAAAUUGCCUUAUAGCAAAAGUGAAUUUGAGGAACUUGAACCGGUAGCAAUUACAGCAGAAAAGCAUCUGAAGUCCUCUUCAGCCACCCCUUCUACAAUCGGUGCACUUGAAGAUCCUGCACUUGUAGACUACCUCAAUACAGAUAAGGUCACUGGUAACUAUAUUUCAAAUGUGGAAAGUUUAAGACAGUCCUACCAUUCUGGAAAUGCUGCUUCUGUUGCUCCCAGUGGUGUAUUUUCUGCUGCCCCGUCUAUGAAUGUACCAUCUGCUUCUCACUCAGCUUCAUUGCUGCCAGCCUUCCUGCACGACUCUUCUGAUACAAGCAAGAGGGGCAGUCAAAACGCCAAUCUUUUGAAGCCCUCUGCAUUUUUUGCGUCCACUCUCUCUCCAUCUGCACCUUCUGCAGCUUUUCUUAAUUUCCUGAAUCAGCCGCAGCCGCAGCCGCAGCCGCGCCAACAUGGCACACCGUUGCUUCAACCAUUUCCACCGCCAAGUCCACCUCCAUCUCUUAACCCAACUAAUACCCCCACCCCCAACAAGCCUGUUAUCAGAAGGGAGAAAGUGCGUGAUGCACUUUUAUCACUUGUUCAGGAUGAUCAAUUCGUUGACAUGGUGUUUCAGACAUUGCUAAAGCCGCAACAUUGAUGAGUAGUUUCAAGUCGGAGUCGAGAGUUUUCCAUAUGGACCUGGUUCUGUAGAUAGUAGUUAACAAGAGCUCAUCUCUUGGUGUUACUUCAUAUAGCUUUCCGUCUAUCCUAAGCUCUUCCCCCCCCCCCCUCCUUGGUGACAAGUCUAUCCUAAGGUUUGAUCACUGCUAAGGUAUACCCGUAAUGUGUGGAUGGUGUCAAUAAUUGUUUUGAUUUUGCGUCAGUUUUGCCCUUUACGUUUAUUUUGUAUUUUUGGCACAGACGUUAGAGUUAAAUUGAUUGGGUGUCUAACCUCGACCUCUUCCUCGGCCAUUUUGACUGAGGCUGUCUUUAAUUCUUUAUACAGUUAAGCCUCUCAGCAAA